GACAACUUUCUUUAAUUACCACACAGAAAAAUGCCCUCCCGACAAACCAGCGAUGAAUACUUCGCGUUAACGUCGUACCCACCUACCAACGGAGACGACACAGAAUCGGAAGGCUUGCUAUAUUCAAAUGAAGUCAACGAAGAAACCAAGCAUCCUCUGCGUCAGGCCUCAACAGGAUCUACUACUGUCUGCGAACAAUUGACUACGCUUCUCUUAUUUUCGGCAUUUCUUGUUUCGCUUCUCAGCUUCGCAACGACGCUGUACAUCCACUUUGCGCGCUCUCGUUCAUCCAUAUCCACUGGGUCAUAUGCAUCGGCGUACUACAACAUCGAUAUCAGUAGCUUGCGGAAGCCAAGUCAAUACCUCGGACUCGAACGGGUCGAUGGGAGUAUAGAAAGGCUUGCGCAGGAGCUAGCUCACAACGGUGCGGGGGGCGGAGCGCACGGAGCAACAUCGUCGUUGAGUAAUGGGUCAAUGACGAUGAACCCUCCACCGAGUUUGCCUAUCGGACCUGGAAGGGCGACAUCCAUUGUGCGAGUGAAUGAGAGGUUUCCCCAUGCCACGUUCCCGAGAGAUGGAUGGGUGCUGCUCACCAACGAGGAUGUUUCUUUGAUGCAAUUCAAGAUUCCUCACGUACCACCAUCAUUCCUCUGCACAUUUCACAUCUCCCUCCCCACGCGACGCACUCUUAUUCAACAGGCGAGCCUGUUGACGCUCGAAAGUCCAUCCACCGUCUCUCCAAUUCUUACAAUAUACGACCUCAAGCAUGCGCCCCCACAUAAUGUCACAUGGGCCACAAAACCUUCGCGGGGAUCGCUCAUGCGGAAGAUGAAUGUAGAACUCGGUAUGGAUCUGAGGACGGAAGCGUUCGACUGUGGGAUGUGGCAUGUUGAGGAAGGAGAAGAGGAUGAUGAGAUUUUGACGGUUGAGGUUGGUUGUGAAGGGACGGGAUGCAGGAUUGAGUAUAGGGAGGAGGAAUGCGAUCCUUUACUUGGUGUCGAGCUCAUCUCUGUCGAGAGCUAGUCAAACUAUCAAUGUAUGUAAGAGUUCAUCUCAUGUCG